AUGUCAUUGUUAUUCUUGCUCUAACUGUUCUCAUUAUACAAUUGCAUUCGAUUUUCAUAGACCUACUCUUAUUUCGAUUCGAUUGAUAAAUUAGAUCAAAUAACUGAUAUCUUGUAACGAGGAAAUCCUUGCAACUUAGAAGCUUUAAACGCAUGUGCCUUGAAAUUAUAUAUGCUCAAUAAUGAUGUUUAUGCUAUUAGCAAUCUGGGCUACUUCCAUUUAUUUGGUUUCCCAGAGAAUCGAGGAGAUGAACAUUUGCAUUUUUGUCAGGAAUUUGGAGGGUUUUCAGUUCCACUCCUGAAAUAGAAUGAAAGUUUAGCUUACAAUUAUUUUAAAUUAAGCAAUAGAUAGGAAGUUUAGGUUUAUAUUGCCUUCAUGGAUUGGAUGAACUUUAAGAGAGGUGGACCAGUGCCUAGAAGCAUUAGAAAAUUAAAGAAUCUGGAUUAUACAUUAGCGAAAUUGGCUUACUUCAAUUACCAAUAUAAUUGUCAUCGAUUCAGAAAUAUACCUGAAUUAGAACUGAGUUAAAGAUUUGACGAAAUGUUUGGUGAAGCUGAUUGUCAAUAAUGUGAUUAAUUGAUGUUGAUUGGAUAUCAAAUAGGUGAGGCAGAAUUAUAGUAUUUUCACGAGGUGAUACCUAAGAUCGAAUUGACUCAUGAAGACUUUUUGCUUAUAGAGCAGUAGGCAAAUAAUGGAGAUCCAUAAGCAUAACUUCAAUUAGCAUAUUAAUUCUACGCUGGAAAUGAGGAAUUGGGAAUAAAUAGAGAUGUAAAUCAAGCCAUGAAUAUUUUCUCAAAUAUGACCUUGAGUGGAGAGUCAUUGCAUAAUCAAGCACUCUUACAUGUGAUGAAAGGUGAAUACUAGCAAGCUUAGAUUUUACUCUAAUAGGCAAUCGAGCUAUUUUAGAUGCCUGAUUCUUACAAUCUAUUGGGUUAUAUGUACUUAUAGGGUCUGGGAGUAGAAGAAGAUUUUAGGAUGGCUUAGUCUCUCUUUUAAUAGGCUGUGGAUAGGGGGUUUGAUGGAGCUGCAGUCACUCUUGGAAUAAUGAAAAUGAAUAGAAAUGUGACUGAAGGAGUUGAGUUGUUGUUGAAUCAUACUGAAUACAAUGCUAGAUGGGCUCUGAUCUAAGCUUAUGUAAGUUUUUAGAAAGUCUUGGAUAAUCAAUUUGGAUGUCAAAGAUUUUUGAAUGUCACGAGAGAGUUCAUUAAAUAAAUUAUGUAUCCAAUAAUGCAGAAUGAGAAACCAUUGCCAGAGGAUCCAAAAUCAUAAUACAUAAUGAAAUAAUUCUGGGCAUUUUUAGGAAUUAUUGAGCCGAUAGAUUUAGAAGAACAAGUUAUUUAUAGAGUUGAAGGAGCUGCCACAGCACUUGCUCAUGACUUAACUGAUGAGGAAUUAAAGAAGAAGUUCUAUCAAUCGGAUCUCUAACCAGAAAGCUAUAUAUCACUCUCACAAAUUGAGUUUGCAUAAGGAAAUGCCACUCAAGCACAAUAUUGGGUUGAUCAAUUGAUAAGACAAUGCAUUGAAGGCAAAUAUGAGAUGGACGCCUUGUUUGUUGCUUAUACAUGGAAAGCUUGGAUCACUUUGGUGAAUAUUUUUUAUUGA